UUGAAAUCUUCCUUUUUCAAAUCCUUCCCCCAUUGAACUUUCUACUUCUCUUUCUCUCUCUUUUCUAUUCCAGGUUCUAUAUGAAACUACACAGAUUCAUUUAUUCAGAAAACCAAUUUUCUUCAAUCUAUUCUCAUUUUUUAUGAAUUCGUCACAUUCUGGAGAAGAUGAAGAUUGACCCCUGGAAGUAAAAUAUUGUGAUAAGAUAUCAAAUUCUUCUUUGUUGCUGUUUACAAGGAAUGCUUUGGAAUACACUCACUGAUAAGAAAGGAAUAUAACCACUGUUUUGAUAUGAUUGUGGACCACAUCAUCCAUGGAAGCUAUUAUCUACAAAUGGGUUUUCAUAUUUCUGCUUUCUUGCUGGCUCAUGUUCACAGUUUCAUACUCAGUGGAGGGUUUGCAUGGAGAUUCAAAAGUGAGAGGGGUGAAUCUCGGUGGAUGGUUGGUUAUAGAGGGCUGGAUUAAACCUUCCCUGUUUGAUGGAAUCUAUAAUGGGGACAUGCUUGACGGAACUGAGGUUCAGCUGAGAUCAGUAACACUGCAAAAGUAUGUUUCAGCUGAGAAUGGAGGUGGAAUGGAUGUUACAGUUGAUAAGGAUAUCCCAUCUUCAUGGGAAACAUUCAGGUUGUGGAGAGUAUCAGAUUCAGAAUUUCAGUUUCGUACUAUGCAAGGCCAAUUUUUUACCUUCAAUGGUGAAGGGAAUUCUGUAACUGCAACAGCCGAAUCACCAUCUGCUAUGGAAACGUUUUAUAUCGAGAGGUAUAACAACGAUAGAAUCCAUAUUAAGCUUCAAAGUGGGACAUAUCUUCAGACCUCGAUAGCAAAUCGAAUAACUGCAGACUACCCAGGAAUCCCAGGAUGGGAUGAUAAUACAGCCACGUUUGAGAUGACGAUUGUUUCAAAUGAUCUCCAUGGCGAUUACCAACUUGCCAAUGGAUAUGGUCAUGCUAAGGCAAAAGAAGUUUUCAAGAAGCACAGGAACAAAUUCAUAACCAUUGAGGACUUUGAUUUUCUGCAUCAACAUGGUAUAAAUUCGGUGAGGAUACCAGUAGGUUGGUGGAUAGCUUUUGAUCCUAAUCCUCCAUACCCUUAUAUAGGAGGUUCUUUGGAAGCUCUUGACAAUGCGUUUACUUGGGCCCAGGCCUAUAACAUAAAGUGUAUAAUAGAUCUUCAUGCAGCUCCCGGUUCUCAAAAUGGGAUGGAGCAUAGUUCUAGCAGAGAUGGUUUAACUGGAUGGCCUACCUCGCAAGAUUAUAUUUCACAAACUUUGGAUGUUAUAGACUUCUUAGCCUCCAGGUACGCAAGCCAUCCAGCCUUGCUGGGAAUUGAAUUGCUCAAUGAACCGUCAGCUGCGAAUGUCCCAUUGGAUGUCCUGACUUCAUUUUACAAACAAGGAUACCAAAUUGUGCGAAAAUAUUCCACGACAGCUUACGUGAUUGUUUGUCAAAGAAUUGGAAAGGCAGAUCCUUUGGAACUGUUACAAGCCAAUAUAGGUCCUUCGAACCUUGUGGUGGACAUACAUUACUACAAUCUUUUCGAUAAUUAUUUCGUCAACAUGAGUAGCAAAGACAAUAUACAAUUCAUUCAUAAAAGUAGAGAAACCCAAUUACAAGCUUUAAACAGUGCGAAUGGUCCCCUCGUUUUCAUAGGAGAAUGGGUGAAUGAGUGGAAUGUGACGAGUGGUUCUGAAAAAGACUAUCAAGAUUUUGGAAAGGCUCAGUUAGAGGUCUACGACGAAGCUUCUUUUGGAUGGGCUUACUGGACAAUAAAGAAUGAUCGAAAACAUUGGGAUUUUGAAUGGAAUGUCAGAAAUGGUUAUCUUGAAAUAAUAGGUUAUGGCCACAAAUUGAGAAGCAGUUUUACUAAUUUUCUUGGAUUAUCAUGCUGCAGCUUCCUACUACUCAUAAUUUUUUGAUUCAAUAGUUCAAGCUAGUCAAAGUUUUCAGUUAUUGUAUGACAUUGAAUGCAGAAUGUUCAUUAUUAUUGAUUGAAUUCUCAAUUGCAAAAUCUCUAUUGGAGGAUUCCUAUUACUCUAUUA